AUGCAGCAGUUAGACUCUUCUGAUACCAAUGCUGAAAAACUGCAUUGUUCAUAUGAAAACACAGGGGCUGUUCAGAUGAGGACCAAAAAUGCUAAAAGCCUCAAUGACAGACACAACCAAGGAAGAUCUAUGAUAUUCUCAGAUAAUCUGAAAGUUUUUGCACCUAUAUCCCGUCAUAGAAGGAAUCAUUCCCAACAUAAUUUAACAGUCACUGAGAUCGUUAGCCCACUGGAGCAAACGGUAAUCAAAGAAGGAUAUCUUCUAAAAGCUAAAAUUGCAGAUGGAGGCAAGAAACUAAGGAAAAACUGGACUGUUUCUUGGAUUGUUCUCACUGAUCAAAAGUUAGAAUUUUACAAAGAUUCCAAACAGCCAGCUGUGGCCAAUCUGAAAACAGGGUAUAAACCUGAAUGGGUGGACUUGCAUGGAGCUCACGUUGAAUGGACCACAGAGAAAUCUAGUAGAAAGAAUGUUUUUCAGAUCACAACCACAUCAGGAAAUGAAUUCCUCCUUCAGUUAGAUACAGACUUCAUCAUACUGGACUGGUUUGGUGCUAUCAAAAAUGCAAUUGAAAAAGUGUCCAAAGAGAAAAGUGGCGCAUCAAGGACCAAGGAGUUCCAAAUUCGAAGAUCUUCUAGUUCUGAAUUGCUGAGCAGUUUGGGGACUGAAUCUAAAGAAUCAAAGGCAGAAAAUAGAAGAUCUUUAAUUUUCAGACUGAACUACAGCAUUUCUGACAUAACUGAGAGAAACCAAGUUAAAAGCAGAUUAAAGAAGUUUAUCAGUCGAAGACCUUCACUGAAAUCUUUGCAAGAGAAAGGCCUCAUUAAAGAUCAAGUUUUUGGUUCCUGUUUAAAAAAUCUGUGUGAACAUGAUGGCUCCAUGGUCCCACCAUUUGUAAAGCUGUGCGUAAAAGCUGUGGAAAAACGAGGCCUGGAUGUUGACGGAAUAUACAGAGUCAGCGGCAAUCUGGCAACGAUACAGAAGUUACGAUUUGUUGUCAAUCAGGAAGAGAAGCUGAAUUUGGACGACAGCCAGUGGGAGGACAUCCACGUUGUCACCGGAGCACUCAAGAUGUUUUUCAGAGAGCUGCCUGAACCACUGUUCCCAUACUGCUUCUUUGAACAGUUUGUAAAGGCGAUAAAAAUCCAAGACCGUAACGACAGAGUGAAAACCAUAAAGAGCCUUGUAGAUAAGCUCCCCAGACCAAAUUAUGACACCAUGAAAAUACUAUUUGGACACCUGAAACAGGUAGCAGCCAACGAAAGAUUGAAUCGUAUGUCCCCUCAAAGUUUAGGAAUUGUUUUUGGACCGACACUCCUUCGACCUGAAAAGGAGAUUGGGGCCAUGGAAGUCCACAUGGUGUACCAAAACCAGAUUGUGGAGUUAAUGCUACGUGAAUACACCAUGAUUUUCAGCUCUGAAGAAGACUGACAGACAGGGAAUGCUACUGAAUAUGUUCACAUCUGUCUUGAUAGUUAAUAUUUUUACAUUUCUGUAAACAUCUUUUUGAAAUAUUUCUUUUUCCUUCUAGUGACAGAUGCCUCGUUUUGUGAAAACUCAAUGAUGAUUUUGUCUUUAAUUUCCAAACAUUGGAGUAAAAAUAUAUUGUCAACAUUUGCUUAUAUGUGCUUAGUAGUAUAUUAACUCUUUCCUUCAAUCACUCCAGGGCUAUGUCAUUUUUCAUGGCUUUAUUCUCCAUCAGGGAUUUGAGAAUAUGGCCAAAUCCAGAUGAAAUAUUGCUUAGAGACAUAUACAAUGGCACUCCCAGACAAGCAGGGCUGGAGGUUAAUGGUUUUAAAUUGGGAUUUGGAAUGAUUAAAUCAGUACUGAUAUAUUCUGUCAGUUACAGUGUUUCUUGUGUGUGUUCACACACACACACACACCAUUGCACCGGCUCAGAAGAGGGAGGAGGGAAGAGGGCAGGCGUGGCCUUAUAUAAGCCGCCCAGCCCGGCCUCCCCCGAUGAAAUCAGGGAGGCCUGACGUCAUCAUCCCCUCCCUGCUGCCUGCUGCACUUGCGCAGCAGGCAGGGCAAAGCCUCGCGAGCCAUCGGGAGCUCGCGAGGCCGGGGAGGGGGCAGCCACCACAGGAGGCUGUCCCUUCCCCUCCAGCAAUGGCAGCCACGGUAAGUCGCAGCCGCUCCUUUCUCAUACUGAAAACCAUGGAACCAUGUUGCAUGGUGACUUCUCCUUGAGGAAAAAUCAAAGGAUCCAAAGUUACUGCUAACAUUUUUUCCUAUCCAAAAACAAUCCAUUAUCAGUCACCACUUCUUAAGGUAAUGCAAAGAUUCUUUGUAUUAAAACAUGAAGACUAAAUCAGUCCCUGAAUUUCCUUAUCUUACAUAAAGUAGUUAUCCACUCUUGCAUCUCCAUUGCUUUAUAUGACUUUGCUCUUUCCCUAGCUAGGUCAUGUUUUCUUGAAUUUUUAAUUAUGGUCCUGAAGAUGCCUUAUUUGUGAACUGCAUUAAAUUCUUCUGGAAAUAACUUUUUUAAAAAGCCUUUUCAUAUGCCCUUAGGAUUACUUGGCUAGACUUGAAUCGGUUCAUACAUUUGAUUGUUAGUUUCAGUUGUCAUGGAUAAACAAAAGGGUAACUGUCUAGAAUAUAUCAAAUAUUGUUUUAUUCUGAAAUGUAUGUUUCCAGCUAUACACAUUCCCUACUCUGUUUUGUAAAAGUAUUCCACUGAUAAAAUGUAGACUUAUGUUUGACAGCUUUUUAAUCAAGUUCAAAGAGAAUAAAUAAAACUAAUCCAGUGUGGU